AUGUCACUUGCCAACUCAUUUAGUGAUUUCUUCACUCAGAAAAUUGUUAAAAUACGAGGUGAUAUCGAAGAUGAACUCUUGAGUAAAAACAUAGAAAAUCCUAUACCUGAUGUUGAUUCAUGUCCUUAUAAAUUUCACACCUUCAGGGAGGUUGGAAAAGACGAAGUGCUCCAUUUAAUCCAACGUAUCGCAACUAAAUCCUGUUCUCUGGAUCCACUCCCGGUGGUCAUGCUAAAUCACUGUUUUAAAGACAUCUUACCCGUUGUAGUUAGAAUAAUCAACCUCUCCUUGGAAAGUGGUACAAUGCCUGACUCUUUGAAGAUUGCUGUUGUUCAACCGCUAUUAAAAAAGUACAAUCUUUCCUAUGAAGAAUUCUGCAGUUUUCGUCCAAUAUCAAAUCUGAAAUUUGUCUCGAAAUCUAUUGAGAAAGCAGUUGCUGUACAAUUAACUGAUUAUCUUACUGAAAAUCAUCUACAUGAGAAAUUCCAGUCUGCUUAUAAACCUUGUCAUAGUACUGAAACAGCGCUAUUGAGGGUUCAAAAUGAUAUCCUUCAAGCUCUAGAUAACGGUGAUUCUGUUAUUCUUGUCCUACUGGAUCUGUCGGCGGCUUUUGACACCGUGGAUCAUUUAAUGUUAUUAACAAGACUAUCGAAACGCUUUGGCAUAAGGGGUCGUGUGUUGGAUUGGCUUACCUCAUACCUUACAUCCAGGAAACUGUUCAUUCGUGUUGAGGGAACUGAUUCGUUAUUGAGUGAUCUUGAUUGUGGUGUACCUCAGGGAUCUGUGUUGGGUCCUCUGUUGUAUUCACUCUAUACUGCCCCUCUCGCGGAUGUGGCUAGGCGCCACAAUCUGCGCUUUCACUUUUUUUCUGAUGAUGGGCAACUUUACAUUGCAUUCAAAACGAAUGAUCGUGAUGAUUUAAUAUCAUCUAAGAUCCGUAUGGAGAAAUGUAUACUUGAAUUGGGAAACUGGUUGAUGUUGAAUAAAUUGAAACUAAAUAGUGGCAAAACGGAGCUUAUAUUAGUCCAUUCACGCUAUCAUCUGAUGCCUCCCUUAAAUUAUAUCAUGGUGGGAAAGGAAAAAAUUGUGCCAACUGUUUCAGCAAGAAAUCUGGGGGUGAUUUUUGAUGAGUGGAUCAGAUUGGGCGAACAUAUUAAUGGUAUCUGCAAGUCAGCUUACUACCAUAUUAGGAAUAUUUCAAGAAUUAAGAAGUAUCUACCUCGAAAUUGCUUAGAAAUAAUUAUUCAUGCAUUUAUAACUUCAAGACUGGAUUAUUGUAACUCCCUGUUGUAUGGUGUACCCAAAUAUUUGCUUCAGAAGCUUCAGAGAGUCCAAAAUACUGCAGCUCGUUUACUAACUGAUACUAAGAAAUCGGCGCAUAUCACCCCAGUUCUUAUCGAAUUGCAUUGGUUACCUGUCCAAUACCGUAUUCAAUUCAAGAUUAUACUUCUUGUCUACAAAGCUGUUAAUGAUCUUGCUCCAUCGUAUCUGAAGGAACUUAUGCUGUGUCGUACUUCGCAGCGUACUCUUCGAUCAAAUGGAAAUGAAUUGCUCCAGAUUCCUUAUUCUAGACUAAAGACAUACGGAGACAGAUCGUUCUGUGUUGCUGGACCAAGAUUGUGGAAUGAUUUACCUGUUCAUCUUCGGAUGUGUGAAUCAUUAACCAUUUUUAAGAAGUUUCUUAAAACAUAUCUUUUUAACUUGUUUUUAAAUAGUGUAUGAUGUAUUCUAUAGUUUUAACAUUCUUAACACUAGUUUUUAAGAUUGGAUUUUGUAUUACUGUAAAGCGCCUAGAACAGUCUUGGUUUGUGCGCUAUAUAAAUGUUUAUUAUUAUUAUUAUACACAUUGAUCCGUUCGAGAAAUGUCUCACAAUUGUAUCGGCCUGUAAUCUAGUGUUUCGAAAGAACUUCCUGAAAGAAAACACCAUUGCAAUCACUACCCCUCACGGCUAUCGUCCCAAAGACAAGCAAUCCUUCUUGGCUUUAAAAUGGCUUUUGUAUAAGGCUGAAAAGGAAGACCUCUACAUUCAACAUGCUCUUAAUGAAGGAGAAAAGCGUGUUGGAAACUAUUUACUGGACGGCUAUAACGAAGAAACCAACACAGCCUACGAGAUCAAUGGGUGCUUCUGGCACGGUAAGUUAACUCGAAUAAACGCCUACUUCGAAUAAAGACCUUGGAAUAAAAUUAUAAUAUUGUUUUUUCAGGAUGUUUGAAGUGCUAUGCUCGGGACACGGUAAAUCCUGUGAGUGGUAAGACGAUGCAAGAUCUUCAUCAAGCUACAAUGGAGAAGAUCAGUUACCUUAAAGAUCAUGGUUUCGGUGUGAUUGAAGUCUGGGAAUGUGACAUCAGGAAAGAACUGGAACAAGAUGAAGACACGAAGACUUACUUUGACAACUACGAUCCUGUUGAUCCUUUGGAACCUCGUGAUGCCUACAUUGGUGGACAAACCAACGCUGCAAAAUUGUUCCACGAAUGUAAAGAAGGUGAGAAAAUAAGGUAAGAUGUAAUAAAAUGGCAGAAACGAUUAUGACGUCAGAGCAAAUAUAUCGAUGACGUCAUCUUUCUCUUAGGUAUGUGGAUUUUACGAGCCUCUACCCAUGGUGCAACAAAAUGACUCGGACAGUUGUUGGCCAUCCCCGCGUCAUUACCGAAAACUUCGAAGAUAUCUCGACUUACUUUGGCUUGAUUAAAUGCACGGUGCUUCCACCUCGACGUCUUUUCCACCCUGUCCUGCCCUGUCGUACACAAGGCAAAUCGAUGUUCCCUCUAUGCAAGUCCUGCGCUGAUGCGUGUGAUCAGACCCCAUGUACUCAUUCCGAUCACGAAAGAGCCAUCCAAGUGCACGAAAUAUUGCAUUUUCCCGAAUCCUCCGACGGAUUGCAUGUUCAAAGAGUAUGUGAACACCUUCCUCAAGAUCAAGCAGGAAUCGAGUGGUUACCCAAAGAAUUGUACCACGGAAGAACAGAGACAGCAGUACGUAGACGAAUACCUUGCAGUUGAAGGAAUACAGUUGGACCGAAGCAAAAUCGAGCACAAUCCAGGCAUGCGUGCGUUAUCCAAGCUCAUGCAUGCUAAACUCGUUUUCGGGUAUGUAUUUUAAACAGGUAUUUUCUUUAGAUGGCGUCGGAACAGGUGGAAAGUUAUCGCUACCGAUGCUCAUAAUAUAUAUUUUUCUCUCCAUAGGUAAAUUUGCACAACGUCCCAAUAUGACCAAAGUGGAAUUGAUCAGUGACAUGCAAACGUUUCUCGACUAUCUGACCUCGGAAGAGAUCAAUGUUCUCGAUGCAAAUUUCGUAAGUGAUGAAGUGAUCGAGAUCCACCACGAAAACAACGAGAAUUUCGUGACGCCAAACUCCAAGACCAACGUGGUCAUCGCCGCUUUUACCACCGCCUAUGCACAACUCAAGCUCUACGGAGUGCUGGACGAAUUGCAAGAAAGAGUGUUGUACUACGAUACGGACUCUGUGAUAUUUGUCGGCAAACCGGGGGAACCAGAGCCCCCGAUAGGUCCUUAUCUCGGUCAACUCACGAAUGAAUUGCAAGAAGGACACAUUACAACCUUCAUUUCGUGCGGACCGAAGAAUUACCGCUAUCGGACCAGUUCCAACAAACUAGAAACAAAGAUACGCGGUAUCACGUUGAAUUGCACCGCAAGGCAAAAAGUGAGCUUUGACGUUAUACGCGAAUUGGUUCAUUUGCACGCAGUAUGCAAAGUGAACAAUACCGUAACGGUUGAUAUCCCGUACAAGAUCACGAGAAACACAAAGACCAAAAGCAUUGAAACGAAACGUACGAAAAAGGACUACAGAAUAGUUUAUAAUAAACGUGUAAUUAUGGAUGAUUAUAAAACAUUACCAUAUGGGUAUUAA